GUAUAUUACGUGUGCUCCGCGCGAUUGGACAAGUGUCACGGGUUUCCUCCCGUGUGUCGCCCCAAGACCAUCUACUUGUCGCGCCAGGGACGGUUAUCACAUGCUUGAUGCCUGAGGCCGACAGUGUGCUUGUAUGAUCCUGAGUCAAAAAGGAAACCGGGGACACAGAAUCUUGUAACAGUUUGCCUGCAAAAAUGAUGGGUUACGGAGGCCAUCCCUUCCAGGCGCCGCCGCCGCAACAGCAGCAUCCCCGCCAAACGUCGCAUCCGCAACACCCCCAAAACCAUUCGCUACAGUCUCCCUCCAUGAGCGCCGCGGGCCAUCCUGCUCAUACUCACCCGAGGCAUGCCAAUGGUUCGAUCCCUGGAACUGCCAACCCGUUAUUUCGGGGUCAGCCGCAGCCGACGACUACGGAUCUAACUCAUUCUCCUGAUGUUCGCAAAAUCACGACGCCGGUAACUUCCGCGCCGCUGGUUGGGCUGUCAGCAGGGGGUAAUUUCAGUCCGUUCCCGGGGCAUUUUCCUCAAGGUUCAUCUGAAUUGUUGUCUCGGAACACGGACUCGGUGGGUGGGGUUAAAGAUCCGUAUCUGCAGACGCUGCAGAGGAAUAUCAAUCCCAUGGCGAAUUUUCGUCCUCAUCAUCCUACUGCUAUGAACCCGCAGGCAGCUUUGUCACCUCAUGCACAUGCCAUGAAUCUUUCGUCGUCAUCGCAGUCGCCGCAGCAGUCAUCACUAGAACGGUUACAGCAACAUCAUCACCGCCAGGGUUCGCACCCAGCAACGUCGGCAUCACCUAUGUUAGCGCCUAGUCCACGACCCCAGCAGCCGCCACUACCGCCGCCACAGUCGCAGUCGCAGUCGCAGUCGCAAGCACAGUCGCAACGUCCUGCUCAUCAUAGUCCGUAUCAGACGCAACGACCACAAGCGCAAUAUACCUCUCAGGCCCAACAUUAUUCGCCGGCGCAGCAGCAGGCACAAUACCCACAACAACCGCCAUAUUCUCAACAGUUGCAAUAUCCAUCGCAGCCCCAAUCGCAGCAGCAACCUCAAACUCAGCAGACUUCAUAUCAACCGACACAACGACCUCAUUUCUCUCCCCAACAAGCAUACCAGUCGCAGCCGCAAGCGCGUCAUUACCAACAGCCACAACAGCAAUUGCCACAACCCCAACAACCUCAAUAUCAGCCUUCGCAGAACCCAUACGCGCCAAAUCCAUACCAACAAUUCCCCUUUCAACCCCAUCAAUAUCAUCAUCCGCAAUCGCAGCAGCAUGCCUUGUUGCAACAGCAGCAGCCGCCGCAGCCACCGUCACAGCAACAACCUCAGCAACCCCAACCACGGCCAGCCACGACAACGACCCCAGCGGCAACGACAGCGCCAAUGUCAAUGUCAAUGCCCUCGACUAUCGGCGUUGCAGAGAUUUUGACGACAGCAACAAAGCAAGAGCAAGAGGAGGAGAAACUCGCACCCCCAAAGAAACGCAGUAAGCCCGUACCAAAGCAAUCGCAACCAUCCGCAGCAGCACCAGCACCAGUCCUGCAACAGUUGAAUGGACCAGUCAAGUCUGAAUUGGCCAGUGGUGCUGCUGGUACAGAAAACACACCCCGCCGUCGAGGAAGACCACGCAAGGCGGACAAAGCUGAUGGAACUGCACCAGCAAAACCCAAACCCAAGCCAAAGGCCAAGUCGAAAUCGGCAUCGUCGACACCAAACACGGCUCCGGCCAGUGUUCCUUAUCAACACCCGCAUCCUGCUCCGUCUCCUCAUGUCCAGGCUGCUCCUCCGCCACCGGCACAUGCACAGUUUGCGCCGCAGAUACCGCAGAUGCCGCAGCAUCAGCAUCAGUUUCAUUACUCUACUAUGCACGCCCAUCCUCAACCGCCGCAACAGCAACCGCAACCUCCCUCCAUUCCUCAACCUCAACCACAGCACCUUCAACAACAACCCACUCAAUCCCCGCAAGCCCGCCCGGUCCAAAUACAAGUCCAAGUCCCAGUCCCUUCCCCCGCAGCUCAACCCCAAGCUCAACCACAGCAACAGCAACCCCAACAAUCCCCAGAAGGCCAAACCGAAGGACCACCCCAAAAACGCCGUCGUGGCCGACCCCGCAAAGCCGAUACCAUCGCAGCAGGAGGAGCUGCUGCUGCCCCGCGUCCAAAACCCAAGAAACCAGCCGGUCCACCCAAACCAUCGAAGACGGGAAGACCGCGUGGUCGACCGCGCAAGGUUGACGUUGCUGCCCAGCAGCAAGCCCAGCAGCAACAAGCCCAGCAACAGUCUGGUGCGGGGACAGGUAUGGAGCAGGGUAAUCGGGCACCUGCACCUCCGCCAACGCAGGCGCCACCACCGCCGAAUCCGAUGGCGAUGCAUAUGAGUACGUUGAAUAUGGGGAUUGGGAUGAAUCCUGUUCAUAAGAGGGAUAUUCUGCAUUCGAUUGAUGGGAUGAGGUGACCGUCCUCGUUUCUUACUGUCUGUUCACUGUGAUUUCUACAACAUCUUCAAGUUAUUUUCUAUGUCCAUGUCCAUGGGUUAUUGGCUCCAUUUGCUGUUUGGCUUGUAUUGACUAAUUACGCAUUGUCUAUCUAUCUCGUUUAUGGUUCGGUUCGGUCUCAUUUAUCUGGUUUUAUCGCUUGCUGAUGUUAUAAAUUGAGCAUUGCCAUCUCCUUUCUUUUUACUUUUAUUCCCUAUUCCCCUUUCUUUUGUCAUGAAAUUGUCAUUUCUUGCUUUGAUUUGAUGCAUAUCUAGCAGCAGCAGUUAUUCACAGUCUAUAUUCAUGCAUAAUCGGAUCAGGGUAUACCACCAUCAC